GUAGAGACUUAUUAAUCACUGUUGUGAGAAGGAGACAUACAAAUACUGCAUAGGCACUACAGGUGAUUUCACAGCUUUCUGGAUCCCACCAUCUCAUAAAACAUACAUAUUGUUUUAGCAUUGUUUUAUUUAAGCAUUCAGUUUUAACGUUAUACAAUUCCUUGUAUACCUGCUUAAACAAUCGAGCAACAGAGCAGCUCCAAAUAGUUCAGAACUCUGCAGCUACUGUAGACUACUGACCAAAACCAAACGAUGCUCUCACAUCACACCAAUUCUGGCCUCUCUACAUUGGCUCCCAGUCUCUUUUAGAAUUGAUUUUAAAGUGCUUUUAAUCACAUGUAAAGCUCUGAAUGACCUGGCACCGGAGUAUAUAACUGAGCUCCUCAUACGGUACUGUCCGAACAGGCCCUGUCAGUCUGGGUCUUUUAACUGUUCCAAAGAGCAGGUUAAAAUCAAAAGGUGAUCGUGCUUUUGCAGUACUGGCUCCCCGACUCUGGAACAGUCUUCCACUGAGCAUCAGAUCAGCUGACUCUGUCACGAUUUUUAAAUCCAGUCUUAAAACUCACUUUUAUAGAACGGCUUUUCCAAUCAGCUGAAUUUGUGUCUUUUGUAUGCUUGUGUGCUGAUGUGUAUGUAUGUGCAUAUGUAAUUGUAUGAAUAUGUAUAUGCUUGUUUCUUUAUUUUCCCAUUCUAUUGUAUUUUAUUUAAUCAUUUAUGUUAUAUUGUAUUCUGCUGUCUAUGAUGUGAAGUUCCUUGGAAAGCACUUUGUGCUUUGGGUUUGAAAAGUGCUCUACAAAUAAAAUUAUUAUUAUUAUUAUUAUAUAUUUUUUUUCCAUGUGGCAAGAUCUUUUGGACUUGCAUAUAUGUGUCAAAUUAUUGAUAUUGGUAUUAUUAUUAUUGGUGAGUGUGUUUGUGUGUGCGUGUGUCUGGAUGUGUGUGUGUUGUGUGUGUGGAUGUGGAUGGAUCUGGUUCCUGCUAGAGUUCCCUCUGAGCCCGGGGUGGUGUGACGUCACUCUCCCACAAUGCAUGGCUUCCAGCGCGGCGCCCAGCAGUCCAGGCCCGGACUAUAACAAACAUCUUUAAAACUUGUUCACAAAAUGUCCAUAUGGAGCCGGAACGGAGGCUGGACGGAGAGCUGGACCGAGGCUCAAUCGGUCUGUAAAGAUGUCAUGCUGCCUCGGAUUCAGCUGCUGUGACUGUGGCGUUCAGGGCUGCUGAAUACUAAAAUAGACUGCGGGCCAACACAAGAGCUCUUCUCAAGAAACACACAGACCCAGUCAGAGCUUCCACGGCUCCUCAUCACCGCAGCCCUUUUGGGGUUGCUAUGGCAGCUGCUGUCACAGAAACCAAGUGCUGGACACAGGCUUGCCCCAGUAAGGCAGGACAGACCACUAGUCAUUGCCACAAGAGACCAUCAAACAGUCAACAAACAGCACUUAGCAUUAAUUCUAGCACUCUAAGUUAACAAAACGAACCAGAGGUCUGUAGGCUGAUGGUCAGCUCUCUGGAGGAUCCUCAUGAGUCUUGUCUGUGUCUGCUCAGGCUCUUGGCCAGAGUCCCUGUGCAGCAGCAGAGCCAGUACUGUUCCUUCUGUUAGACCAUGUUUCACCAGCAGGACCAUCUGAAGAGCCAGCUGCAGGAGAGCCACCCAGGCACCAGGCAGCUCUUCCACUGCCAGGAGUGUGGCAAGCAGUACAACACCCAGCUCGGUUACAGACGCCACCUGGUAGCAGCCCACAGUGCUACGGCGGGCCUGCCUUGUCCAGAGGGGGCGUCUUCCCUGCUUGAGCACCUAGGCAGUCAUAUUGACAGGCCUCCACCGUCAGAGGGCAACUCAACCGCUACUGUGCCAGUGAGAGAAAGGAAGUACUCAUGCGAGCGAUGCGACCGCCGCUUUUACACCCGUAAGGAUGUACGCCGUCACGCUGUGGUGCACACCGGGCGCCGCGACUUCUUGUGCCCGCGCUGCGCACAACGCUUUGGCCGCAGAGACCACCUGACCCGCCAUUUGAAGAAGAGCCAUGCCCAGGAGUCGGGGUUGAUGCCACCCUGUACGCCCAGCACGCCCGUGACUACGCCGGCCCCUGCCACCCAGUGCCCGGUGAAGGAGGAGCCUAGCCCUGUGGCGUCUGAUAUGGGCUCGGUCUCCAAGGAGCCCAUGGAGACGUUCUCCAGGGACAUGUACAAUUCCUACCCCAUGGCCAAUCCCGUCCCCGGGAUGGGCCACCCUCACGGCCUCAUGCAGGGCUCCUUGUCCUCGAACAUAGGCGUGGCUCGCCACAUGCCCCCCCAAUCUCCUCACCCCCACCACCAUCAUCUGCAGCCCUCGGUGGCUCCGCAGCAGCAGCCCUACAGCAACAUGGCCAGGUAUCAGCACGGAUCUACCUCAUACCCUCGCGCCGACGUGGACAGUUUCCUGCUGGACCUGCAGAGUGCCCCCCCACCUCACCUGAGUGCAGUCAACUCCUCUACCUCGACUUCUGCCUCCCCUCAGAGGGAGGUGCUGGGUGAAGGCGUGGGCGCUGGCGGCGACCCUCACCUGUUGUCCAGGAGCCCCGCUAUCUCCUCAACUGAGCUGUCUUGCACCACUAACAUGGACCUCGGGCCUCUGCUGGGCUUCUUGCCUUUCAGCCUGCCACCCUACAGCCCUCACAUGGGGAUGGGAGGGUUAGUGAUGAGCUAUCCACCCGCCACCACCACCACUUCCCCCCCAUCCUCUUCCACUGGGUUGUCCUCCCAGGCUCCAGGGCCUUUCACCUUCUUCCAGCCUCCGCAGGCUCACGUACCACAGGGCCCUGGAGCCCAUAACCACAGCCAGCUACCUCAGGCAUACAGCAGUCCUGCUAUGAGCACUUCCAGCUCCCUACCUCACUACUACCAGGCCUUUCAGCAGUAAGCAGCUCUUGUCUCCCCACAAACGUUGCCUUCACACAUGCUCAUGGUUUUUUUUUUCACGGAAAAGGGUAAAACAUGAGAACAUCUUUUAUUGUAAAACAAAAUGUGUGACUUUAGCCUGUCAGUGCUAAUGAUGCUAAUCUUAGUUUUUUUUUUUUUUUUUGUUGAACACAACAAAUCACCUCAUCAGUAUUACCUCAUUAUUUAAAAAGGAAGCUUGAACAUUUGAGGAACUGUAGAUGGUCUCACUACAACCAAAGUAGAGUACUACUUCUUUUUUUGUCAGACCUGUUACCAACAGUGGAUGCACUUAACACACGUUACAGGUGCUGCACAAUGCUGAGAGUUAUCCAGUUUUUAAGUUGUCAUGGAAAAUGCUACCGUGUUAGGGAACGCCCCCUUCCUUGCUGAAGCUGACUUGAUAUUUUCUCAUUUUUGAAUAUUGGAGCAUGAACGGCCUUACAGAGUGAGAAAAGUAGGCGUAACUCUGUUUCAUUUAGUGAGUAUGUGCAAAAAAAAAAAGAUUGAGAAUGCAAACAGCGCUGUCUGUAUAUGAUAUCUGAUAGUUAACUCACUAAAAUAUGCAGUAGAGCUUCCCAUCCAGUCAUCCAGCAGUACACCUGCUGAUGUGUCCAAGUAUAUCAGCAGAUGGGAAAUGACCAUUGAUGUAAUAACCAAAUGUUAUCAUCACCCAUUAUUUCAAGUGAUGUAAAUUUAACCUUUUGUCUGCCAGAAUUAGACCUUAGAAUUUGGCCUAGUUUUUUUAAGUGUCCGUAAGUGCAGACAAUAACAGUUACAGUUAAAAAAAAUAACUGGAAAUCUAGACUGCACUUACUAUUAUUAGUUAACUGAACAACUCGUGACUCAAAAAUGUCACACAAUGUUACUGCAAUUUAACUGCAAAAGCAUUUGAGAGUAACGUCAGUCUUAAAUUCUGAUGUUGUAUAUUGGAAAAAAAAAAAAAUGUAACGGAGCAGCUCUUCAAGCCAGAAUUCCCCCAUCGGAAGCCCUGAAGAUUUUUAGACGUGGUUAUCUGAUGUCAUAUCAGCAUGGUGAUAUAAACUCUAAUGCUAAAUACCUACUUGGCAAUAUUACGUAGCAUCGCUAGGUUUAAAUGCACUUGCGUUUCAUUUUCAACGUCGCGGGGGCCUUUAAAGGUUGAAGUCGUGCUAAAUCACACGGAAGGUAGAAAACUGCUGCUCCACUGCUGUCUGUGGAUAAACCUUUCUAAAAAAUGUUCUGACCUUGUUGGCCAGAACAUUUGACAACAGUUACUGUUUAGACAGAGAAGUGUUACUUAGAAAAAAAUGUUCUAUGUAAUGUAUUUUACUGUAUUAUUUAAAAUAGUUAAAGGUACAAUGUGUAGGAUUUGGCGGCAUCUAAUUGUGGUGUUUGCAGAUUGCAACCAACUGACUGAGUUCUCACUCCUCCCUUUCCAAUAAUGCGGUAACGUGAGCCGCAGAGUGCAAAAUCAUGGUAACAACGUUUGCGUUGCUCAUCCUUGCCAUCCUUACCAUAAUAACACUACUUGUGGAACAACCGAGGUCACACGGUGGCUGGCGGUAGCAUACUCUGCGGCUCACGUUAAUGUUGUUUCACAAGCGUGUCGGAGAACUACGGUGGCCUUCAGGCAAACGCAAAAGGCUCUCAGUGUUUGGUUUGUCCGUUCUGGGC